AUGUCUACGGCCAACUUCAACGUCCAUCUGCCACUUGGAACGCCCACUGUCGACCAAUUCCUCGGCAUUCAACCGCAUCCGACCAAAUGCCAGGCAACUUACGUGUGGAUCGAUGGAACGGGAGAAAAUCUCCGCUGCAAAACGCGCACCCUCGACAAGAAGCCGUCACAAAUUGAGGAAUACCCGCUUUGGAACUACGAUGGUUCAUCGACUGGACAAGCAGUCGGUCAAGAUUCGGAUCGCUAUCUUAAAGCUGUAGCUGAAUUUCGCGAUCCCUUCCUCGGCGGACAAAACACUUUGGUGAUGUGCGAGACCUACGAGCACGCGAUGAAGCCAACAGCCACCAACCACCGUGCCAAAUGCAAAGAAGUGAUGGAUCGAAUUGCCUCGCACAAGCCAUUUUUUGGAAUGGAACAGGAAUACCUCUUGCUUGAUCGUCCAUACUAUUGUGGUGUUGGAGCAAAUAAAGUGGUUGGCCGCGAGAUUGUCGAGACGCACUAUCGUGCUUGUUUGGCGGCUGGAAUUGAGAUUGCUGGCACAAAUGCCGAAGUAACACCUGGACAAUGGGAAUUUCAAAUCGGGAUCUGUGAAGGAAUCGCGAUGGGUGAUCAGCUGUGGAUGGCUCGCUUCUUGUUGCAUCGUGUCGCUGAGCAAUUUGGUGUCAUUGUGAGCAUCGAUCCAAAGCCCCACGUAACCAUCGGUGAUUGGAAUGGCGCUGGUUGUCACACGAACUACUCGACGGCAACGAUGCGCAAAGAUGAAGGAAUCAAGGAAAUCAUGGCUGCUUGCGAGAAAUUGGCAAAGACGCACAAGGAGGACAUGAAGCUCUACGACCCGAAUGGAGGACUUGAUAAUCUGCGGCGUCUUACCGGACGUCAUGAAACAAGCAGCGCCGACAAAUUCACUUGGGGAGUGGCCAAUCGUGGAUGCUCGGUUCGAAUUCCCCGUCAAGUUGAUGCCGACGGAAAGGGUUAUCUUGAAGAUCGUCGCCCCUCAUCCAAUUGUGAUCCCUACGUUGUGACUGCAUCGAUCUGCCGCUCGACUCUGCUCACC